UUUCUUUAAGCAGAAGACAAGCACAAAGAAAUCCCAAGAGAGGGGUUUAUAAAAUACAUUCGUAAAGCCAAGCCAACCUCUCUCCCUCUCUCUCUCUCUCUCUCUCUCUCUGUUGUUUUCUCUCCGGCCAAUUUUGGAUUAAUCGGUCGAGCGAGCCAUGGCCGCUCUGCAGUACCUGGAUUCGCUGCGCAAUGUCCAUCCGGAGCUGGCCGAUUGGUACGACGCCCUCGCGGAUUUGUACCAGAAGAAGCUGUGGCAUCAACUCACUCUCAAGCUCGAACAGUUCGUCUCUCUCGCCACUUUCCAGACUGGGGAUGCUCUCAUACAGUUAUAUAAUAAUUUCAUCACCGACUUUGAGACCAAGAUCAAUCUUCUGAAGCUUGCACAUUUUGCUGUCAUAGUUUCUAGGAAGUAUUCAGAAAAAGAAGCUGCUGUUAGUUAUCUAGAAGGUGUGAUUGAAAAGCUUCAUACUAGCAGAGAGAUGCGCAUUGAGGAACCAAUCCUUUACAUUAAGAUGCAAAUUGCUAUCUUAAAUCUUGAGAAAGGCAAUCCGAAAGAGUGCAAGAAACUUCUAGAAGAUGGGAAGAGUACACUGGACAGCAUGACUGACAUUGAUCCAUCUGUUUAUGCCAGCUAUUACUGGGUUUCAUCUCAGUUCCAUAAAUCCCGUCAGGAAUUUGCUGAAUUUUACAAAAGUGCUCUUCUUUAUCUGGCAUACACAUCAGUGGAGUCUCUAUCAGAGUCAUUUAAGUUGGAUUUGGCAUUCGAUUUAUCCCUUGCCGCAUUGCUCGGAGAAAACAUAUACAAUUUUGGGGAACUGCUUGCGCAUCCAAUUAUAAAAAGUCUUGUGGGAACAAAGGUUGAAUGGCUCUACUAUAUUCUUGAAGCAUUCAACUCUGGAGAUCUAAUUCGUUAUCAAGAAUUAUGCCAAGUGCAUAGAGCUGCUCUGAGUGCUCAACCAGCAUUAGUAGAGAAUGAGAAAAAGCUACUAGAAAAGAUUAACAUUCUCUGUUUGAUGGAAAUCAUCUUCAGUCGACCAUCAGAAGAUAGAACAAUUCCUCUAAGUAUCAUUGCACAGCGGACAAAACUUACUGUAGAGGAUGUGGAGUACCUUCUCAUGAAAAGUUUGUCGGUACAUCUUAUUGAGGGGAUAAUUGAUCAAGUUGAUGGAAUAGUUCAUGUGUCAUGGGUGCAACCAAGAGUGUUGGGUAUUUCACAAAUCAAAUCGUUGCGGGAGCGGCUGGACAAUUGGGUGGACAAAGUACACACUGCUUUGUUAUCCGUAGAGGCAGAAACACCCGAUCUAGUUGCGUCGUAAUCUUCUUCUAUCUUUGUUUGUCUCUUGAAUCUCGAUUUCCUUCCGCUUUUUUUUUUGUCGCCCCCUCUUCUGUAACAUUAGUUUCCACACCUGAGAACCAAACUUGUUUCUGCGGCAAAGAAGAGAAGAGAGAUAUUGCUACUCAUUUUAUCAUUAUAUUAUUGGGCCAUCUUUGCAAACCCUCUGUUUCUUUCGUGUCGCUGUUUGUCAUCUCGUGCAUUAUUAUUCUUUUGAAAAGAGCAGCUCCUCUUGAUUCAUUGUUUAUGCUUUAUUAUUGGAGAACGCAAUGCGCUAGGGAAUAGGAUAGGGAUCUCUUUCUGAUCCCUACUAGUACUACUAUUUUCAGAUUUCUCAUUCAUUCUGCUUAUUGUUCUUAUCCCCCGGGAACUCUGUCCGUUUUGGACAACACUUUAGUUUAGUGUUUAGGGUCCUUUUUCUAUCGAGUCUCAUUAUUACUUUUGGAACUUGAAUUUUUAAUUUUUUCUUUCUUUUAUUUGGUGUUUUUGAGUGUUGAGGGCUGGUCAUCUGUAGAGUAUUUCUUUUGCAAUGGCUGGUUAGCCAAUUGCCACUUACCCGGCGGAUAAUAGCAAUGGCUAAAAAUGGGCAACUCUAGUUACUCAACCAUAUUGAUAAUAAUUGUUGUACAAACAUUGGCGCAUUUUUGCUAUGUAUACUUUGCUAAUACCGUA